CAGUGAUUGGCUUACGGACUGUUACUACAAACCUAAUCAUGAGGGGUUUGCACUUGAUUUAGCCAGCCUGUGAAGUAUGAUUCCUGCCCAGACCAUUAUUGUACAGAACUUGUACCAGAAUAGGUUUCUGGGUUUGGCAGCCAUGGCAUCGCCUUCCCGAAACUCUCAAAGCCGACGGCGAUGCAAAGAUCCCCUCAGAUACAGCUACAACCCUGAGCAAUUCCGCAACCUGGCUGUCACCAUUCCGCGUGCAAACAGUGACACAAACCUGGUGAAUUCAGGUAGUCGUUCCACCCUGAUGGUCAGCAGCUCCCGUUACACCAUCGGCCAGUCACAGGACCUCAUCAUUUGUUGGGACAUUAAGGAAGAGGUAGACGCUGGGGAUUGGAUUGGCAUGUAUCUCGUAGAUGAGAUUCUCUCUGAAAACUUCCUGGAUUACAAAAACCGUGGGGUUAAUGGUUCACACCAAGGACAGAUCAUUUGGAAAAUUGAGCCAAGUUCCUAUUUUGUGGAGCCUGAAACAAAAAUCUGCUUUAAGUAUUACCAUGGAGCCACUGGAGCACUUCGAGCAACAACGCCAAGCAUCAGUGUGAGAAACCCUUCUGCUCCUAUUUUUAAAACUAUUUCCCAUGAAGAAGGUGUUCAAGGGCAGGGAAAUCGGAGACUGAUUAGCUUUACAUUGUCAGGGUUUCAAGCUAUUGGUCUGAAGAAGGGGAUGUUCUUUAAUCCUGAUCCUUACCUGAAGAUUUCCAUUCAACCAGGCAAACACAGCAUUUUCCCGGUAUUACCACACCAUGGGCAGGAGAAAAGAACUGGAAUUACUUUUAACACCAUCAACCCUGUCUGGCAGAGAGAGCAGCACAGUUUUGUUUCACUCCCCACAGAUGUUCUUGAAAUCGAGGUCAAGGACAAAUUUGCAAAAAGCCGUCCCAUUAUAAAGCGCUUUCUAGGAAAGCUUUCAAUGCCAGUACAGAGAUUACUGGAAAGGCAUGCAAUAGGGGACAGGGUGGUGAGCUAUACUCUGGGCCGUAGACUGCCGACAGACCACGUCAGUGGACAGCUGCAGUUCCGAUUUGAAAUAACAUCUUCAAUCCACCAAGAUGAUGAAGAUAUCUCAGCCAGUACUGAAGCAGGAUCAGCUGAACAACAGGAGAAUCAGACGAUGGACGUAACAGAGCAGACCUGUUAUGAGUGCCAGAGUGUCAGUGGUACAGAAGAGGUUGAGCAGUUGAAUGAAAGCGAAAGUAAUGUGAAUGGUGUGGACUUGAGUAGUCCACCCGACAGUACUAGUGUUGUGAAUUUCAGUGAACCAUCGCCAGUCAGUGAAUUAGACCUAGCCAUUGAAAACGUGAAUGAUGAUGGUGACAACGACAAAGAGAAUAAUUUACCAGCAAUAUGUUGGACCUCAGGAGCCUAUUGCCCGAUUGUAACUGAUUUACCCCAGCCUGAAGCUAGCUCAGUUUUGGAUGGAACCUCAGAGAGAGAAAAAACACUGGAAAACGAUGUCAGACAAGAAGAAGUAUGUUCUGGUCAAUCCAUGCCUGAGGCUGAAAAUGUCACUGAAGACAUGGGUGAGGUGGACAGGACUGACAACAGUGAGGCUUCAUCUCAGCAGGAAGAUGGUACAUUGAAAAUGAGGAAAACAGGAAAAAGGAAAACCAGGCCAUUCUCACUGCCGGUGUCUGAGCUGGAGUCUGUGAUUGCCUCAGCUUGUGGUUCAGGAGAGCCAGAAACCCCUCGAACACACUACAUCACUCUGCAUCGGCUGCUCCAUAGUCUGCCUUCCGCACAGCUGGAUGACGAUGAUGCCCAAGAAGAGACCGGCAACAAUUUUGUUUCCUUAGAACCGCCAGAAAAAGAAACCGAAGACCAAAGUGCAACGUGUGAAAUGGAUACUGCAGAGCUCCAAACGAGUAGUGACACAAGUGGGCCCAGCAACGUCGGGCGAAGGAUGCUGCCUCGUAGUGCAUCGGUUGAACAUCUUUCUGAGUUAAAUCAAAUCCUAGAGAAGGAUCAGCAAAGAAAUCAAAGUGAGACUGGAACAGACACAGCACAGCAGGUCAAUAAUGAGUGGGACAUCUGUGAUACACCAUGUUGUAGGACUUCCUGUUACAGCACUUCCUGUUACAGUACAUCCUGUUACAGCACUUCUUGCCAAAGUACUUCCUGUUAUGAUAGUACAAAUCACUUCUCCUCAAGCCAUACCAGGUUCUCCUCAAUUGACAGUGCACGGCUAUCUGAAAGUACAGUUUUCUCUUCACAAGAAGAGGAAGAUGAGAACAGUGCAUUCGAGUCGAUGCCAGAUUCAGGCCAUAGCCCUGAGUACUGUGAGAGAAUACAAGCAGACAGCAUCGUUCAGUGGCCAGAAGAGCCUGCAGCCCAAGCACUGGAAAGGAUGUUGGUAAAUGAUGAGAUUAUUGCAGGACAGAGCAGCAGAAUGGAAGGUGAUAUCCCUUUACCACACUGUGCUCAGACAAUAAAUCAUCUGCCUUCUUUGAGACAAGACGGCAACCGUUACCCUACCAUCGAUGAGCCCCUUCCUCCCAACUGGGAAGCACGAAUUGAUAGCCAUGGGAGAGUGUUUUACGUGGAUCAUGUAAACCGUACAACAACAUGGCAACGACCCACAACAGCCGCUACGCUUGAUGGUUUGCGUAGGUCCAACUCCAUCCAACAAAUGGAACAGCUUAACCGACGGUAUCAGAAUAUUCAGCGGACAAUUGCAACAGAAGAUGAGGCCAUGGCAGAGAUUUCACAACCAAACACAGAACUGAGACGAGAAGGCUCCUUGUCUCCAGUUAAUUCUCAGAAAAUUAACAUGUUAUUGCAGUCUCCAACUGUCAAAUUUAUCACCAAUCCUGAGUUUUUCACCGUGCUGCAUUCAAACAACAGUGCCUAUCGAAUGUUCACCAACAGUACUUGUUUGAAGCACAUGAUACUGAAGGUCCGCAGGGAUGCCCGGAAUUUUGAGCGUUAUCAGCACAAUAGGGACUUGGUGACUUUCCUGAACAUGUUUGCAGAUACACAGCUGGAGCUUCCUCGAGGGUGGGAGAUAAAGGCUGAUCAACAGGGCAAGUCAUUUUUUGUUGAUCACAACAGUCGUGCGACGACGUUUAUCGAUCCUAGGCUUCCACUGCAGAAUGGGCGUUUGCCGAACCAUUUAACGCAUAGGCAGCACUUGCAGCGUUUGCGCAGUUACAGUGCAGGGGAGGCUUCUGAUGUUUCACGAGUCCGGGGAUCUGCACUGUUAGCCAGACCUACCAACACUCUGGUGGCAGCUAUUCGCAAUCAGUACCAUCAAGAUGCAGUGCCUGUGGCGUACAAUGACAAGAUUGUAGCUUUCCUCCGUCAGUCAAACAUUUUUGAGAUGCUUCAAGAGCGGCAGCCCAGCCUAGGCAGAAAUCACACGCUCAGGGAGAAAAUCCAUUAUAUUCGGACAGAAGGAACACUUGGUCUUGAAAAGCUGUCAUGUGAUGCAGAUUUGGUUAUUUUGUUGAGCCUCUUUGAAGACGAAAUUAUGUCCUAUGUUCCAGCACAUGCUUUAUUUCAUCCAGGAUACAGCUACUCUCCCCGCUGCUCCCCUGGAUCCUCACCUCAGAAUUCCCCAGGUAUGCAGCGUGCAAGUGCAAGGGCUCCUGCACCAUACAGGAGAGAUUUUGAAGCUAAGCUGAGAAAUUUCUACAGAAAACUUGAGGCCAAAGGUUAUGGGCAAGGACCAGGAAAGAUUAAGUUAAUUAUACGGCGGGAUCACUUGCUGGAAGGUACUUUCAAUCAGGUUAUGGCUUAUUCACGCAAAGACCUCCAACGGAACAAGCUGUACGUCACAUUUGUGGGAGAAGAAGGUCUGGAUUACAGUGGACCAUCAAGAGAGUUUUUCUUCCUCUUGUCACAGGAGCUAUUCAAUCCUUACUAUGGUUUAUUUGAAUACUCAGCCAAUGACACAUACACCGUGCAGAUCAGUCCGAUGUCAGCAUUUGUAGAAAAUCACCUGGAAUGGUUCAGAUUCAGUGGUCGUAUACUGGGCCUUGCCCUAAUUCACCAGUACUUGUUGGAUGCCUUCUUCACCCGACCCUUCUAUAAGGCACUACUACGGCUACCCUGUGACCUGAGUGACCUGGAGUACCUGGAUGAAGAGUUCCAUCAGAGUCUACAAUGGAUGAAGGAUAAUGACAUCACAGAUAUCCUCGACCUCACCUUUACAGUUAACGAGGAGGUGUUUGGACAGGUCACAGAACGAGAACUCAAGUCAGGAGGGGCCAAUAUUCAAGUAUCAGAGAAAAACAAAAAGGAAUAUAUCGAGCGGAUGGUGAAAUGGAGAGUGGAAAGAGGUGUUGUUCAGCAGACUGAAGCCUUGGUUCGUGGUUUCUAUGAGGUGGUAGAUUCACGGCUGGUAUCAGUGUUUGAUGCCCGAGAGCUGGAACUGGUUAUCGCAGGCACAGCAGAGAUUGAUCUGAAUGACUGGCGCAAUAAUACUGAGUACCGAAGUGGUUAUCACGAUGGUCACAUCGUAAUAAAGUGGUUCUGGACAGCUGUGGAGCACUUCAACAAUGAGCAGCGUCUCCGGCUUUUACAGUUUGUGACGGGGACAUCCAGCAUACCUUAUGAAGGCUUUGCCGCCCUCAGAGGGAGCAAUGGACUCAGGCGAUUCUGCAUCGAGAAAUGGGGCAAAGUGACAUCACUGCCAAGGGCGCACACAUGUUUCAACCGCUUGGAUCUCCCUCCAUACCCAUCGUAUUCUAUGCUGUACGAGAAGCUGCUCACAGCAGUGGAAGAAACCAGUACCUUUGGUCUUGAGUGAAAGAAGUGCUCACUUCUCAUGAUGAGUUGCACUACUGCAGUGAAAAAGGGCAUCCUUGUCUUUACAACAUGAGAAGCACAAAAUGAGCAUGUGCAAAGAAGAUGCCUCAAAUGAAAGUAUUAUAGACAUCUCUUGAUUUCAAGAAAGGAAGAAAACAUUGAUGUUGAACCAUUGUAACUACUUUCCUGCUUGGAUUCAUUUUUUUAUUUUUGUAAAUAAACAUUUCUCCUAAACAAAUGGAUUAUAGACAAUCUCAUGCAAUUAAAGCCAUUUUUUUUCUUGGCAGGGCCACUUAUGUUAAAGGCAACUAAUGUAACCUCAUUAACACAUCUUCACAAAUUAAUGUGUAAGAAUCAUUGAUUGUAAUCACAUUCAAUUACAAAUUCACAAAGAGGGUCUAUCUUUGAUUUGUGGAAUAUUUUAUGGAACUUCACCGUCAAACAAGUACAUAUUAAUUAGCUGAUUGGCUGGUUUGAAAGUCACAUGAUACUCAGGCUGCACUUCCUGUACAAUCAUGCUGCUGUAUAAGAAUGUCAAUAAAACUAAUUUGUUAUGCCACAAUA